AUGCAACCCGCCAACACCGCUCCCCCCGCCGGCGCUCCCGCUGGACAGCCUGCCGCUGGUCAGGGAGGAGAUGCCCUCGACAAGGGCGUCAACACUCUCCUCGGCAAGAGCGGCCACUCACAGAAGCCUGCCACGGUCGAGAAGAUCUCGGACGGCAUUCGCAGCGGCUUCAAGAAGUUGACUGGCAAGGACGUCCCCGUGAAGGACCAGGAGUACGCUUAA